UCGACGAAGAAAAAAAAAAUAAAAUUCGGCGGUAAAUAAGCGGGGCGAAGGAAGAAGAAAAUCACGGAAAUGCCACUACCGGCGUUCGUGGCGGCGGCGGCGAGGCUCGCCGUCCUCGUGGCCGCGGCGGCGACGGCGGCCAAUGCCGCCUCCUACGCGCGGUACCGGCGGCGCCACCUCCGCCGCAUCCCCAGCCCCAUCGACGAGUCCGCCGAUCCCCUCGCCGACUUCCGCGCCUUUCCCUCCUCCGACGCUGACGACUCAGAGGAGGAUAAUUUCUUCUUUGGGCUAGCAACAGCGCCUGCGCAUGUUGAGGACAGGCUAGAAGAUGCUUGGCUCCAGUUUGCAACUGAAACUUCCUGCGAUGACAAUGGAAACGUGCGCGACCAGAGGCCAGUAGAUGCACUGAUGGCAUCUGCUGCUGGUGAUGGAGGCUCCCAGCAAUCUUGGAGGUCAACAGGUGGGGAAAAUAUUGGUGAUAGAGAGCAGAGGAAACCACUUAGGGUAGCCAUGGAGGCUAUGCUCAGGGGGUUUGAAAUUCUUGCUGAGAGUGGAGAAUCUGCUGGCGGCGAUAACUGCAGCCACAAUGUUGCUGCUUGGCAUAAUGUUCCAUGCCCGCAAGAAAGGCUUAGAUUUUGGUCUGAUCCUGAUGCUGAGUUGAAACUUGCUAAGGAGACCGGCAUCAGCGUUUUCCGCAUGGGGGUAGAUUGGGCAAGGUUAAUGCCUGAGGAACCAACCGAAGAAUUGAAGAGCUCAGUUAAUUUUGCAGCACUUGAGCGGUAUAGAUGGAUCAUUCAAAGGGUUCGCGAAUAUGGAAUGAAAGUAAUGCUUACUCUGUUUCAUCACUCACUUCCACCUUGGGCUGGAAAAUAUGGCGGGUGGAAGAUGGAAAAAACUGUCACCUAUUUCAUGGAUUUUGUGAGGCUUGUUGUUGAUCGUGUAUCCAAUUUAGUGGACUACUGGGUGAUUUUCAAUGAACCUCACGUUUUUGUGAUGCUAACUUAUUGUGCCGGUGCUUGGCCUGGUGGAGACCCUAAUGCAAUUGAAGUAGCAACAUCUACUCUGCCAACUGGUGUAUACAAUCAGGCUUUGCAUUGGAUGGCUAUUGCACAUUCUGAAGCCUAUGACUACAUACAUUCGAAAAGCAAGAACGAAAGGAAGCCAAUAGUUGGUGUUGCACACCAUGUAUCGUUUACAAGGCCAUAUGGGCUAUUUGAUGUUGCUGCUGUCGCGCUAGCUAACUCAUUGACCCUUUUUCCUUACGUGGAUAGCAUAUGUGAUAAAUUGGACUUCAUUGGAAUCAACUACUAUGGACAGGAGGUUAUAUCAGGACCUGGUCUAAAGCUUGUGGAUAAUGAUGAGUAUAGUGAAUCUGGUCGUGGGGUUUAUCCUGAUGGGCUGUUCCGCAUCCUGAUUCAAUUCAAUGAACGAUAUAAGAGAUUAAAUAUACCUUUUGUCAUUACUGAAAAUGGAGUUUCUGAUGAGACUGAUCUGAUACGGAAACCAUAUAUACUGGAACACUUGUUAGCCACAUACGCUGCCAUCAUUAUGGGUGUCCGUGUACUUGGUUAUUUGUUUUGGACAACAUCAGAUAAUUGGGAAUGGGCGGAUGGCUAUGGUCCCAAGUUUGGGCUUGUUGCUGUUGACCGUGCUAAUAACCUAGCACGGAAACCUCGGCCUUCAUACUUUUUAUUCUCCAGGGUUGUUACAACUGGAAAAAUUACAAGACAGGACAGAAUGUCUGCUUGGAGGGAGCUGCAACAAGCUGCAGUUCAAAAGAAAACACGUCCAUUUUUCAGGGCAGUGGAUAAGCAUGGUCGGAUGUAUGCAGGUGGUCUAGAUCGGCCUAUUCAGAGGCCCUUCAUAUUGCGGGAUUGGAGAUUUGGUCACUAUAAAAUGGAAGGCUUGCAGGAUCCUUUGAGUUGCUUUAUAAGAUGCAUUUUUGCACCAUUUUCACGCCAAAAGAAGAUUCACUACAUAGAAGAUGAUGUUAUUUCUUAUUCUAUUAACUGAUGCCCUGCUACUAUAGUUGCUACUUUAAGUUCAGUUUCUUAUGUUGCAACCAAAAACACAUCCAUGUUUUGUUUGGAAUCUUUUGUAGGUUAUUACUUUUUUCUUGAUGAAGUAAAUAAAAAGAGUCUUGGAAAUGGAAAGUUCAACUUCUUCAGGUAAUUACUACAUGGGUUUACUAUUUGUAUAAUAGUACACAUUUAGAUUCCAUACACUUAUUUUAUUCUCAUCUCCUUUUUUUGGUUUAAGAUGUGUUUGAUCUAAUGUCAUGUAGAUUGUAUUCUAAAUAUCUUCUAAGCCAAAAUAUCUUUUGUGGAUCUACUUUUGCUGGCUCAUAGCUAUGUCCUGCACUUCUUAAUUGAAGAUGCUUCCUGGGAAGUGUUUGGGUGAACAGAUGGGCACCUGCCUACCUUAUUUAGAUCUCUGACCCUCCAGGCUACAUCCAGAUCUGUGCGUGUAGACACGUUCAAGUAGUGAGUUAAUGGUUCCUAUUGUUUCCUCAUAUAGAUUUUUUUACUUUUCUAUUGUAAAAAAAAACACUUUUCACCCACUGUAUAUAGGAAAUGAAUAAAUUCUUUUCAUUUAUAGUGUAAGAUUCAGUCUUAAUUCAUGGAGCUGAGGCAUAAGUAGUAGAAGGAAAUGAAUAAGAUUUGCAAAUUGCAGCAGAGGAAUUCAAGGGUUUUGUUAUCCCAUAACUUGUGUACGUGAGUUUUCAUAUUAAACAGUGGUACUACAUUUUUGACAUGCAAAGCCUAGCUGCCUAAGCCAUCAGAUGCAUUUGGAGGGAUCAUUGCAGAUGUAUCCUCCUGCAUGACCUCAUGGAAUCAUGCACGUUUCACAUUUCCAAAUUUCACACAGCCAGAUUUUAUUGGAAAAAUUACUGGUUUGUUAACUGGCCUUCCAAACCUUUUUUUAUGGGCAUGGCAUGCAUUUUAUUUACUAGGAUGUGGCAUGUAUUCUUUAGUGGAACUAGCCACUAACUUCUUUAUUCAUGCUGCAUUACAAUCUAAAAAGAACUAAACUUUAUAUGCACACAGCCCUAUAUUCAUAAUCUGGAAUGUGGUAUUUUUUAUCCACAACCCCGUAAUCACUAACCACACCUCUCCUGUACAGUUUUUCUAAUAUAUAUAAUUAACCAUAGGGGCCUCCCUACUGUUCUUCAUUCAAAGAAACUGUUGUCAUGAUGUCGGUCUUUUGACUAGGGAUCUUAACUAGGGCGAAUAUCAAAAGACCAUACAUCUUUAGUACAAUUGUCAUGCAAAUUUAUUCUCAUGUGGUGUCAUUUAUUUUCAGUGAAACAAAAACAGGGGGAAAAGAAAGUAUCUCACAGGAGAAACAAGGGAGCAUAUAAUCAUAUGAUUUUUUAUAUUAUGGCGCAUAUUGCGUUACAUGAGCUAUUUAGUACAGAACAGGAAGUUGUUUAGUUGCCUUACAGGGCUAUUGAUGCCAUUGCAAUCAUACGUAAGCAGUAUAUAUUUAGGAAAGACUUUUGUGUUAUCGCCUUUUGAAGUACAUAAGCAAAUAGUAGAUCAUCAGUGUUCAUUAUUUCAGUAUUAUAGGAUUGCAGAGCUGGUAAUGAUCUGUGGACCAAGGGAUGGCAGAAUGAUCAAUUGUUCUUGAUAACUUGAUGAGCUCUCUCCAUUAGUACCACUGGUUUUGGUAUGGCACAGAUGAGUUUCCCAGUCUUUUGUUCAUCAAGGGCAAUCUCCUCUACUGGUACCCACACCAUGAGCUCCCUAGUCUUGAUCCCUUUGACUUUCUUGAUCCUCCCCUUCUCUGCAAAAGCAGUGAUCUCAGUGCCAUAAGAUACCAACCUUCCUAAGCUUUGGAAGACAUGGUCUAUCCUCUUCUUUUGCUUGAGCCACACAAAUCCAGUUUCCUCAACAUAGCCACACUCCAUUAUGUCCUUCAAGGGAAGAAGGCCAUUUGGGAGGCCUGCUUCCUUGAGCAAGAGCCUUGUGCAUUGUUGACAGAUCUCAUCAUCAUAGUAGACCUCCGCCUUGGCCUUGAUUUCAUCAGCAAUAACAAGAGCCAUCUUCUAUGUAUCUCUUCUUUUUUUCAGCUCUGAGGCAGUUUUUGGAGGCUUGGCUUUGUAUGGUAUUAUGGUUGUGUUGUUCAUAGUGAAACUUGGCUACCUUUAUAUAGGAAAUGCCUUGUCAAAUUGUGCCUUAACAUGCAUAGGAUUUUCCAUCUUGCCAUUGUCAGUUAAGGAUGGACAAUAUAUCAUGCUCAUAUAAAAGCUGUAGGGUCCUCUGGCUGAGAGUACUUUUGCAGUGAUGCAAAAAUAUCAUCCAAUAAACUGUAAUAUGACCUUGUAUUAUGUGAAUAUAUAGUUCAAACGUGGAUCAAAAGACAACGGUGCUAAAAAUAGGAGUGUAAUUGAAAUAAUUAAUGGUAUUUGGAGUUGGCAUCCCGAA